CCGAAGCAAUAUGAUGUUUAUCACAAAGAGAGUCGUGUAGUGUGAGGCGCCCUUCUCCUUUUGUCCCCUUCAAUUUUUUCCUCCACCUGUACUCAUGAUGAUGCCCACCUGGCACAAUCUCCAUUCAGUUCAUCUACCCUUUCGAUGCAAAAUGCAUUUGAUAUACUAGGUAAACCUUCAUCAUUUUCUCUGCACUCUGUGAGAAAGAGCAUUUCAUAUUGAUAAUGGCUUCACCUGAAUCUUUAAAGACAACUGCUCGCAAAGCACCAGUUACAGUGGAGCACAAAGUCAGGCCUAAUUUAGAUGACAACCUUCCAAAGCCAUUUCUUCCAAGGGCACUCGUAGCUGUGGAUUCAGAAAAUAUAAGUGGAACUCCCGGACAUGAGCACAACAAUAUGAGCGUUCUUCAGCAGCAUGUUGCAUUUUUUGACCGUAACAAUGAUGGAAUUGUCUAUCCUUGGGAGACUUACUUAGGACUUCGUGCUGUGGGGUUUAACUUCAUAAUUUCCUUGUUGGGAUGUAUUUUUAUCAAUGUGGGCUUGAGCUAUUCCACCCUCCAUGGAUGGAUUCCUUCACCCUUCCUUCCAAUAUACAUAGACAGGAUUCAUCGGUCAAAGCAUGGAAGCGAUUCAGAUGUUUAUGACACUGAAGGAAGGUUUGUUCCAUCAAAAUUUGAAGAAAUCUUUAGCAAAUAUGCUCGUACUAGUCCAGAUACACUCAACUACUCUGAGUUAUGGGCAAUGACAGAGGGAAAUAGAAAUGCCAAUGACCCUUUUGGAUGGAUUGCAGCCAAGGUAGAGUGGACACUGCUUUAUAUUCUCGCAAAGGAUGAGAGAGGCUGUCUGUCCAAGGAAGCGGUGAGAGGUGUUUAUGAUGGGAGCUUGUUUGAAUUCUGCGAAAAGCAACGCCUGUCAAGCAAAUAUCACUGAGAAAUCUUGUUAACUUCAUUUUCAAGCUAUAUUUUGAGGUGUUGCUUACUAUAUAUAUAUAUAUAUAACACUUGGAGAAACUGUGCAAUAAAAAUCAAUCGUCUGGAUUGAUUUUUGCAUUCAAAUUGUGUUACACAUAAUAGGUUUAUAAAUAUAAUAAAAAGACAAUAUCUUAACAA